GUGCACUGUAGCAGAAAAUGAAAGAACAAAAAUAAAAAGAAAACCAAAAUAACUCUCGGAGAGUUUUCAAAACUCUGCGCGAAAUGUAUCUGUGCGUCUUCAAAUUUGCUUUUAACUUAUUAGAAAUGGAGUCACGAAGUUAGGGUUUGUUGGAAAACUUUUUUGUGUCUGUGGAACGAAGUCCUGGAAUCAGGUUUCUUUUUAGAGACUUAGACAAUCAAUGGCGGUUGUGGAAGAAGUGAGAGUGGAAGAGGCAGAGUACGAGAGCGCUUCGGAGGAGGAGGCGGUGUUGCACUGGACAAUGCGGAGAAGAGAAGCGAGCGACGACGACGAAGAUAGCGAAGGAGAGGAAGAGAGAGAAAGGUAUCGGAUGAUUGGGAUAGGUGGCGACCACGAAUCGGACGCUCUAGGUGGAGCACCGGAGGACAGCGUCGAAGUGUCUUAUAUAGACGAGCUUGCAGAAGAAAUGGAAGAAGAGGUCAAGCGUGACGAGCAAGAUGGUGAAGGUGGAGUUUCAGAGGUGGUGUUCGGAAAGUAUAACAUGCACUGCGAUAGGUAUAGAGGUAGCCGCCGUGGCCAGCGCAGGAGUACUCAUGGUGGAAGGGAUUUGUGGAAAUCGGAAGAUGAAAUAAAGUGGAAACAUGACAAGUAUGAACAGAUGACUCUGCAAGCACACAAUAAGGAAGUUAUUAUUUUCUUGAAAUUCCGUCUACAUGCUGAAUACUGUUUUUCUAUUUCCCGAUUCUUUAUAAUUUGA